AGCGUCUGUUUUUCCCACUCGCUGAGCAUUUCCUCUCACCGGCGGCAGACCACAGAGCUGUCAGAGCUCACAUCCUCACAUCUGUCCUCACACACACACACACACACAUAUAUACACACACGGAGGCUGGAGGUGUCGGAGCAGGGGAGAGAAGAGGAAACACUUUUAGCGGCACACUUCGGAAAUACGGCCGGGUUUCGCUGUCUUGGGUUCGGAUUUUUUUAAACCGGGGCUUUUACGCGGCCAUGGAGUUACAGAAGUGGCGGUGUUGCGCGCUCGGUGCGUCUCUGCUCGCCGUGAUCAGCUCAGCCAUGGCUGCCGUUCACUAUAGCUGCGAUGGAUCGCUAGCGUCCGGACUGCCUGCGGCCUCUUUUCAGAGUUCUUCACAUUUCUCAGAAAGUCGGGCUGCGAACUUUGCCAAGCUGAACAGAAGAGAUGGAGGUGGUGGGUGGAGCCCGCAGUUAACAGACAGGUCACCGUGGCUGCAGUUGGACCUCAGGGCACGCAUGGAGGUGACGGGAGUAGCCACACAGGGCCGCCAUGGCAGCCAUGACUGGAUCAGCAGUUACACGCUUCUCUACAGCGACAGCGGGAGUGUGUGGAAGGAGUACAGGAACGAGGACCGGGUUGCGAGAUUGGUGGGGAACACGAAUUCCGACACCGCAGUCUAUCACAAACUCAGCCAACCCGUUCGAACCCGCUUUCUAAAAUUUGUUCCUCACGAAUGGAACCCCAGUGGCAGAAUCGGACUGAGAAUCGACGUCUACGGCUGCGCGUACAAAUCGUACGUGGCGGAUUUUGACGGCAGAAGCUCUCUGCUGUACCGGUUUAACCAGAAGUCCAUGAGCACGGUGAAGGAUGUGAUCUCGCUGCGCUUCAAGAGCCGGCAAACCGAGGGCGUCCUGCUGCACGGCGAGGGCCAGAGAGGAGAUUACAUCACGCUGGAGCUACACCGAGGGAGACUAGCUUUACACCUCAACCUCGAUGAUACCCGGGUCAGGUCAAGCAGUGGCCGUAUGGUGGUCACACUGGGCAGUCUGCUCGAUGACCAGCACUGGCACUCGGUGCUCAUCGAGCGCUUUAACAAGCAGGUCAACUUCACCUUGGACCGACACACGCAGCACUUCAGGACCAAAGGGGACGGAGACUCUCUGGAGGUUGACUACGAGCUCAGCUUCGGUGGGAUCCCGCUACCGGGAAAGCCUGGAACGUUCCUCAGGCGGAACUUUCACGGCUGCGUGGAGAAUCUCUACUACAACGGCGUGAACGUCAUCGAUCUGGCCAAGCGACGCAAACCUCAGAUAUACACUGUGGGAAACGUGACCUUUUCCUGCUCAGAGCCGCAGCUGGUGGCCGUUACCUUCAUGAGCUCGAGCAGCAGCUUCCUGUCCUUUCCAGCUCCUGCUCCAUCUCCGGACGGGCUCUCGGUCCGCCUGCAGUUCCGAACCUGGAACCCCGACGGCCUGCUGCUGUCCAGUCGGUUAGCGUCGGACGGGGAGCAGCAUUACCUGUUACUGCACAUCAGCAGCGGCCGCCUCCGCCUCACGCACCACACCUCAGACCUCAAAACACUGGAAGUGUCUAUUGGGCAAAGGGUGAAUGAUGGUCUCUGGCACUCGGUGAGUCUCAGCACCAGGGGUUUGCAGAUCAUCAUGACGCUGGAUAACGAGCCAGCUUCCACCAUUCAGCUUAAGGACUACCUGGAGCCAAGAGGCGAUUACUACUUCGGCGGUUGUCCGGUGUCUCAGAACGGAUCUGGCUGCAUGAACACUGUAAUGGCCUUCCAGGGCUGCAUGCGCCUCAUCCUCAUCAACAACCAACCCGUGGACUUCGUGCACAUCCAGCAAGGCAUUGUGGGAAGCUGGAAUCAAAUAGAGUUUGAUAUCUGCGGCAUUCAAGACAGAUGUCUCCCUAAUUUCUGUGAAAACGCCGGCCGCUGCUCUCAGACGUGGUCUUCUUUCUACUGUGACUGCGCGGGGACGGGAUACAGUGGCGCUACGUGCCAUAACUCUAUCUAUGAAGCCUCAUGCGAGGCCUACAGGCUUGCAGGAAGCACCUCGGGCUAUUUCUCUGUCGAUCCUGAUGGGAGCGGCCCUCUGGGUCCAAUUCAGGUCUACUGCAAUAUGACAGAAGACAAAGUGUGGACGUUGGUCUACCACAACGCCACCGAUCCGGUCAGAGUCCACGGAUCGACAUCAGAGAAACCCCACACGGAGCAUUUCGACUACGGCGCCUCGCCCGAUCAGCUCCGAGCGCUGGUGUCGCAGUCGGAAUACUGCCAACAGACCCUGACCUAUCGCUGCAGGAGAUCUCGACUCUUCAACACGUGGGAUGGCGCCCCGUUGUCCUGGUGGCUGGAGCGCGGUGGUGAGAGGAGGACAUAUUGGGGAGGUUUACUGCCUGGUGUUCAGCAUUGUGCCUGUAGUUUGGAGGAGAACUGCAUCGACAUGAACUUCUUCUGCAACUGCGAUGCUGACCGAGACUCAUGGGAAAACGAUACCGGGCUCCUGUCCUAUAAAGACGACUUACCGGUGAGCGGAGUAGUAAUAGGAGACACAAACCGAGCAAGAUCUGAAGCAGUCUUCAAUGUCGGACCCCUGCAAUGCUCUGGUGACAAGUCUCUAUGGAACGCGGCGUCUUUUUACGACGAGGCUUCGUACCUGCUUUUCCCUGCCUCGCAAAUGGAGCUCUCCUUCGACAUCUCCUUCUACUUCAAGACCGGCUCGCCGUCGGGAGUCUUCGUCGAAAACGUGGGCUCGCGAGACUUCAUCAGGGUAGAGCUGAGCUCGCCUUCUGUUGCCACGUUCACGUUCGACGCGGGCUACGGGCCGACCGUGCUGAACGUUAAAUCUCCGGUGCCGUUGAACGACCGCCAGUGGCACUGGGUCCGAGCUGAGAGGAAUGUAAAGGAGGCGUCUCUGCAGGUGGACCAGCUGCCUCUGCGCUUCCUGGAGCCUCCAGCACACACACACAUACGCCUGCAACUCAACAAUCAGCUCUUCGUGGGAAGAACAGCCUCCAGACAGAGAGGCUUCCUGGGCUGCAUGCGGGCGCUCAAUGUAAACGGCGCGACCUUCGAUCUGGACGAGCGCGCCAAGGCCACCCCGGGCGUGAGCUCGGGCUGCGCGGGUCACUGCAGCAGCUCUGCGGGCGUCUGCCACAACCGGGGCAGAUGUGUAGAGAAGAGCACCGGCUAUGUGUGUGACUGCACACACUCCGCAUACGGAGGGCCCUCCUGCAAAGAAGAAGUCUCGGUGUCCUUCGAAAGAGGUUCCUCAGUGACGUACACAUUCCAAGAGCCUUUCUCCGUCAUCCAGAACAGGACGACUCAGGUCCCCUCCUCGUCCUCUGCAUACAGCAAGUCCAGAGACAACAUGGCGCUUAGCUUCCUCACCACGCAGAGUCCUGCUAUGCUGCUCACCGUCAACACUUUCACCCAGCAGUAUGUAGCGGUUAUCCUCGCUCGCAACGGGAGUCUGCAGAUAUGGUAUCGCCUUCAUAAGGAGCGCAGGCCCAUGGUGUUCAGCCCCGUGCUCACUAGUCUGGCAGAUGGGAAGCUUCACCGACUCCGACUUCACAGAGAAGGAAAAGACGUCUAUGUGCAGGUUGAUCAAGACAAUAAGAAAUACAGCCUCGCACAGGAUAUGGACUUUAACUCGAUGAGAUCACUAACCCUGGGGAAAGUUACAGCAGGAACCGAUGGACUCGACGAGGAAGUAGCGCAAGCAGGAUCCAAAGGUUUCAUCGGCUGCUUUUCGUCUGUUCAGUACAAUCACGUCGCUCCGCUGAAGGCAGCGCUGCUGAACCGUGGGAGCUCUUUAGUCAGCAUACGAGGCCAUUUGCUGGAGUCUAAUUGUGGCGCUCUGGCAGAUUUAUCAACCUCUAAAUCCCGUCUAGACCACGGGGAAGAGGCGGGUACAGAUAACAAGCACCGCAAAGACGACACUCAAAGAGAUUCAGCGGUAAUUGGAGGCGUGGUCACAGCCGUGGUGUUCGUAACGCUCUGUCUGCUAGCUGUGAUGGCACGCAUCCUUUACCAGCACCGGCAGAUCCGGAGGACCACCAGCAUCCAGGAGAAGGAGCACAGGCGCAGCCUCGAAGCUGCCUACAGGGCGGAACUUCACAUGAACCGGUCUAUAAGGGACAGUAUGAAAGAGUACUACAUCUGAUCUGAUGGACAUUAAAAGCCUUGUAGACACCGAUCGAUCGUCCCUCCUCAAGUUUAGUCCUCCUGCACGCUUGUGGUGUGGACUUUACCUAGCACGAGUCGCGUGGACAAGAUCCUUCAUUAAUGGAGCCUUGAAGACCGUAGGGAUCUUUGGAUCUAGGUAGGUAGUAGCUAGUAGAUGACCAACCUGUUGGCCCAGAGUAGCGGGUCUGGGUUGUGCUGUCUGGUGAUGGUGUUAUCAGGACGUCCCUCCAUUUUCUGGACAAUAUUUCUUUGAGAAAACCCUAUAAAAAGAAGAAUAAGAAGCAGUAUCUGGUUAUUUUCCGAGACUUUUGGACUAAAAGUGUAAUGCUAUUAUCCACAAACUACCCCCGAACCUCACCCCCAGACACAGAGGGACUUAAAUGUUAUAAAAGGUCUACUGCAAGAGUAUGGUCAGAAAUCCUAUUUAUUCAUUCUUCAUUGCACUUAAUCUUAGUUUCCUGGUUAUGAUUUAUUUUUUUAUUAUUAUUUGAACGUGUCCAUUAAGACUUUGAUGUAGAAAAGGCUAAUUAUUAUCCACAAAUGUAGGCAGAAAUCAAGAAUGGUUUGCAGCAAGUAGAACUGAUGAGUGUCAGACUCGGGUCCUGAAGGGAGACGUCUAGAACCGGAGUCGGGCAGCCCUGGUGUUGAGGUUCAAAUGGAAUAUGGGUCUAAAACUUUUACCCAUGGUGUUGGUGAAAUGUAAAUUUGAAUAUAAGGUAAUGUGAAUCAUGAUGUCUCUGUAAAACUAUUAUAUAAAAAAAAAAAAAAAAAACAUUGUCAAUGUUAUGGUGUGAAAUGUCAUGCCGUCUUUCCGAUGACUGAACUUGGACAUGGCACUCUCUCUAUAUAAUCAAAGUCUAGUCAUUUGGAAACCUUUCAGCAUGUUAAAGUUAAGGUUGUUGUUCUCGCAGUUAUUGAAUGUAUUGACAGCCAGAAGUUUAACAAUGCGAUUUGGCAAAAAUGUAGAUUGUUAAAACAAACCCAACAACUCAACAUGAAGCAGGCAGUAGAGUGUGUGCAGAGGCGUGACCGGAGGUUCUCAUUCCGCCACACUGUCAGUCCGGCUACGUGUAACUAUCGCAGUAUGGAUGCUUUGUUCCCUAGCCUUGCUGUAAUUUCAGUAUUGACCCAAAUAAAUAAAUAAUCCUGAUAAGGAACUAAUUUAAUAAAAAAUGAAAAAAAAAAAAAAAGCUGGCAAAGGAAAAGUAAUUAACUUUAAUUCCCAAUGUAGGGAUUUGCAUUCAUUAAAACUAUAAGGAAUGUUAACCACUAGGGAUGGGAAUCACCACGGACCACAUGAUACAAUAUUAUCAUGAUACCUACAGUAAGUGCCGAUUUUUUAAGUAUCACAAUUUUACAGAACAGGAUUAGGGCCAGCAUAAAAAUGUAAUUGAGUUCUGACUUUUCUUCGCAGAAUUCGGAGGUACAAAGUCAAAAUUCUGAGAAAAAAAAUAAAAAUUCUGAGA